AUGAAACUGCACUUCCCUAAAAUAUUAUUAUUUUUCUUUCCAUCAAAUAUAUUGUUAACAUCAUAUCAUGUACAUAGUAAAAAUAAACCACACACCACACCACAUCAUACACCAACUACUACAACACGAGUGUUAAGCGAAUGUGACAUCCGAUCGUCAAUUUAUGAUAAUGAUGCGGAGAUGAAAUCAGUGAAGGAAACUUUCGAUCGACAAACAUCACAACGUUUUGAAGAAUACGAAGAACGUAUGAAAGGUAAACGCCAAAAACGUAAAGAAGAACGUGACAAAAAUAUACAAGAAAUUAUUGAAAAAGAUAGAAUGGACAAAUCAUUAGCAGAAAAAGUGGAAAAAGGUUGUCUUAAGUGUGGGUGUGGGUUAGGAGGUGUUGCAGCAAGUAUUGGAAUAUUUGGAACAAUUGCUGUAAAUGAGUGGACAAAAGCUGCUACGGCAACUGCUACUCAAAAGGGUAUUGAGGCAGGCAUUAAUGUAGUAAUAGAUACAUUAAAAAACUUAUUUCACAUAGAUGGAGUAACGGAUCUUAAAUGGAAAACACUCAUUACUGCACAAAAUUAUACUGAUAAGUCUCUUGUUGAUGGAGUUAUUAGGGAAUUAGCUCGUACACUUUGCAGAGGUUCUGAAGAUACAGCAGGUGGAUUUUGUCUUUUCACAGAUAAAGCUAAUACCCUUACUCAAGCAAUUAAUGGACAUGUACCAAAAGCUAUUUCGAAAGGUACUGCAGAAUUUGUAACAGUUACGGAAGCAGAAAUUGGGAAUGUAACAACAACAGGUGGUGCUUAUUUUACUGGUAUAAUAGUCUCAGUUGUUGUAAUAGUAGUUAUUGUAUUAGUUAUGAUAAUUAUUUACUUGGUUUUGCGUAAUAGACGAAAAACAAAAAUGACAAAAAAAUUGCAAUAUAUGAAAUUAUUAAAAGAAUAG